AUGCUCAUUGUCGUAUUGAUUCCAAGUUAUGUUCCACGUUUCAGCAGGAACCAUCGUAGUCAAAGCUGGGGCAUUGCCUUUGCCCAGUUUGACAACGUUGACGUUUGCUGUCAAGUUAUUAAUGAUUUGAACGGAACCAACUUUCAACGUCGGCAAAUUAAUGUCAGACUCUAUACACCAUAUGAAGGUACAAAAAGUUACCCUGAAAAGCCACAUAGUAGCAACAACCAUUAUUUGAAGGAUAGUGAACCUUCAGCUACUGAGACUGAUACUGAGAAUCAAGGAGUGAUACUCAGUAAAUAUAAAUUCAGUAAACAUGGAUUCAAAUUCCCUGGGGAAGGAAGAUUCAAAAGAAGACAUAAAAAAGAACCAGAAAGUAUAAGAUAUGUGGGCUUAGAAAGGGGUCCUGAAUUUGAGGAACCAAAACAUUCAGAUACUCAGAAGGAAAAGGCUGCGGAUGAGGAAGAUGAAAUCGGCAAGAACGAUUAUGCCACAAGUAUAAAUGAUUCAUCGUCUGCCCCAGUUGAAACUAUGAUACCUUCCUCCGGACUUAGUCCUUCAGUGGUUCCCAGAAAAAGUAUCCCCACAACAGCUGUUGAUGAACUUCCUGCUUUACCUGAUAACUCUACGUCAGCUUCUUUUGCUUCUACUGUUCCAACCAAAUAUCAGUUAUCUUCUGACACUAUUUUCAUUCAAAAUAUACAUUCUGGUGUCACAGAUAAGGAGGUUCGCACUGUGUUCAAUGAAUAUAAUCCUUCCAAGGUUUUCAUAUUUAAAGCCAAUCGUUACACUUCUACCAACAGAUUUGCUAGAGGGAACUUAAAGCCGGGUAUGCGUCCAAAUGUUAAUAUCUUGGUAACAGUUGAUGUUAGCCAAUUCUCGGUACCUGAUAUUAUUACCCGUAUGAAACAUACAAAGUUGCAUGGCCAUCCUAUGCUAAUGAAAGUUGCAUUAUUACUGAGAGUUAAAGCAAUUGAAAAAAUAUCAAACCAGAGGGGAAGCCAAUUAAAUUCUAAUACAACUGAAACUUCAUUGGCUACUGAGGUGAAAGAAUUACCGUUGCUGAACACGGUAGACACUCUCCUGACUUCUACAACAGAAGAGGUAGCAUGCAUUGAAAAUGUACAACCCUCAUGUCCUGUUAAUGAACUGAAUUCAGAAGCCAGUCCAAUUUUAGAUUUCAUGCCCGGAUCCCUGGGAAUAACCAGUGAUCUGGUUACUUACAAUGAUGUCAAAGAAACAGAAUCCGAAGUUGUUGAAUCUGCAUCUAAGUCGGUUACUGCUUCGAAUAAUGAGGGUUCCAAUGCUGGUGGGUUGGCUGAAUCAAUGGCUGAGUGUCUGAGUGCUUGUAAACUUGAUUGGGCCUCAGAACCUGUCGAUCUGAAUAUUGCCGUUGAUUAG